GUUGCGGAGCGUGACCGGAGGAGGCGGGAGCUCAGGACCCGCGCCUUCUCCUUGCUUCUUGGGGUCGUGGCCUUGCUCCCGUCGUGCGAGGAGAGGUCGGGCACGUCCACGCGCGUCUGUGCGCGUGGGGCCUGAAGUGCUCGUGGGUCCGCACUAGGUCUCUGCGGGAGCAGCAGCAGAAGCCAUGGGCGGGACCGCCAGCACCCGCCGGGUCACCUUCGAGGCGGACGAGAAUGAGAACAUCACCGUGGUGAAGGGCAUCCGGCUUUCAGAAAAUGUGAUUGAUCGCAUGAAGGAAACCUCUCCAUCUGCCUCGAAGUCACAGCGGUAUUCUGGUGCUUAUGGUGCCUCAGUUUCUGAUGAAGAAUUGAAAAGAAGAGUGGCUGAGGAGCUGGCACUGGAGCAAGCCAAGAAAGAAUCCGAAAAUCAGAAACGACUAAAGCAAAGCAGUGAAGUGGAUCAAGAAAGGGCUUUUGCCAAUGAGCAGUUAACCAGAGCUAUUCUCCGCGAGAGGAUAUCAAGUGAGGAGGAGCGUGCAAAGGCGAAGCACCUGGAGAUUGAAGUCAAGGCUAAGCAGCUGGAAGAGAAAGAUCGAGUGAUAAAGAAGCAGGAUGCAUUCUACAAAGAGCAGCUGGCUAGACUGGAGGAGAGGAGCUCAGAGUUCUACAAAGUCACCACUGAACAAUAUCAGAAAGCUGCUGAAGAGGUGGAAGCAAAGUUCAAAUCCCUGUGGAGAGUGAAAAGAAAUGCAGAAACCUUGGAAGGAGCAGCCCCUCCUGAUCUCCUGGUCCCUCCAGUAGUUUUUAAGCAGCGGUAUGAGUUUCAUCCAGUCUGUGCUGAUCUGCAGGCCCAAAUUCUCCAGUGUUACCGCCAGAACACCCAGCAGACUCUCAGCUGCUCUGCUCUGGCCAACCAGUACAUGCGCUGCGUCAAUCAGGCCAAACAGAGCAUGCUUGAGAAGGGAGGAUAAAGUCAACUUGUAGAACAAGCAAAACUCCUUCAACGUUAAUUCCAGAGGUGGAACAUUUUUUUUCCUAGUAAGAAAGUAAUCCAUUUAAAGAGAAGACCAUUACAGAGAAGCACCAGAGAGCAGAUUCAACAGAAGCCUAUCACCAUUUGAUCAGCGACGAUUUGAAAAGCCAAGGCCUAGAUCAGGGAUCAGCCAUCAAGGGCACGCUGCAGUGUUAGUAAUCAUUUAUGACGAUGAAAAGACAAAGGCAGCCCUCUCCACCUUUUGUACUUGCUGUGCAACUUUCUCCUCUCAUCAAGCUCCAUCGUUUGGUAAACUCACUCCAACAAAGCUUGGGGGCUGAGAUGGGGGCCAAGGUAAUUGGAGUGGAGAGAGGGGAGGGCAGAAAACCUCCAAUUCGUGGCAGCAGUGCUGGGCAGAGUUGUCUAGGCUGUGUCAUGUUGGGUUUCUCUCUUUUUAUUUUCUCCCUUGACUAUGUAAGAGCUAUUUCAUUUUUAACUUAUUAUGGUGAUCAUGUAAGUAAGAAGACAAAAAGGAGAGAAAAUGUACCUCUUUUACUGGAAUAAUGUUUAUGAUUACAAGUGAAAUAAGGCAUUUUUUUAUCAACAUAAAGGCAGCCUUGGCUUAUACAACCGCUUCUCCAUCAUGAAUACUGACAUCUUUACUUCAGUCACUAUCAAUAAUAAAUAUAUUUUCUGACAAAGA